GCUACACGAGAUGGAUUCUGAUUCAGGAGAGAAUGCGAAACGUAUUUGCGGUGAUGGCUUUCGUUCAUCAUAUUCUGAAAACAAGUUUCGCGUUGUCAACGGUCUCGUCCAGCCUCUCUUGACCGACUUGUAUCAAAUAACGAUGGCCUACGCGUACUGGAAAAACUGGAAGCACUACGACCGAGCUGUCUUCGAUAUGUUCUUCAGGCGUAACCCGUUUCACGGAGAGUUUACGAUUUUUGCAGGCUUGGAGGAAUGUUUGAGAUUCAUAAGUGACUUUCGGUUUACUGACUCGGAUGUUUCUUACCUGAAGGAGCUGCUGCCUGAUACCACAGAGCCAGAAUUCUUUGGUUACAUCCGGUCUCUAACUGCAAAGGAUGUGACUGUGUCUGCUAUUGCUGAAGGAUCGCUUGUGUUUCCAAGAGUUCCUCUGCUAAGAGUAGAGGGUCCUCUUCCUGUUGUACAGCUGAUGGAAACAACUUUGUUGAAUUUGGUCAACUAUGCAAGCCUGGUUGCCACGAAUGCUGCACGGCAUCGUCUUGCUGCUGGUUCAGACAAGGAACUGAUCGAGUUUGGUUUGCGUCGAUCGCAAGGACCUGAUGGUGGUGUAUCAGCAUCUAGAUAUUCUUUUAUUGGAGGUUUUGAUGCAACUAGUAACGUCUUGGCUGGUAAACUAUUUGGAAUUCCAGUUCGAGGGACACAUGCACACGCGUUUGUGAGCUCAUUUUCAAGUCUAUCUGAAGUCAAAACGAGAACAAUACAACCAUUACCAGCAACCGGCCAAUCAUCUCAUGCUGUCAAGUUUUUGCCAUUGGUUGAAGGGUAUAUUGAUGUGAUAGCCAGUCUUUUAAAUACGCCGAAAACUGAAAUGAACGAGGGAGAACUUGCUGCAUUUGUUGCAUAUGCGAUUACGUUUCCACACAGUUUCUUGGCACUUGUUGACACAUACGACGUUAUAUGCUCUGGUAUGCCUAAUUUUUGCGUUGUUGCUUGUGCACUCAACCAACUUGGCUAUCGAGCUGUCGGUGUGAGAAUAGACUCGGGAGACUUGGCUUACCUAUCUAAAAGGGUAUACCAUGCUUGUAAUGCUGUAGCUGAAAAGUUUAACAUGCCCUGGUUUAAUGAUCUUAAAAUCGUGGCAAGCAAUCAGAUAAACGAGGAAACACUUUUGUCUCUAAACUCGCAGGGUCAUCAGAUUACAUCAUUUGGAAUCGGAACAAACCUGGUCACUUGUCAAACACAGCCUGCACUCGGAUGUGUUUUCAAGUUGGUUGAACUUGAUGAUCUACCACGAAUAAAACUGAGUCAGGACACCAACAAAAUCACAAUGCCUGGUUACAAGGAAGCUUAUCGGCUGUACAGUCGAGAUGGUAGCCCUCUAGUCGAUCUACUGCAGAGAAAGGGUGACGAUCCUCCAUUGGCAGGAGGAAAAGUGUUAUGCAGACAUCCUUUUGAAGCAACUAAACGAGCCUAUGUGCAGCCAGCUCAUGUAGAGAGUUUAUAUAAAGUAUACUGGAAAGACAAUAAGAUAUGUCAAGAUCUGCCGAGCACAAAAGAGAUACGUUCUCAUACCAAAAGAUCUCUAGAAUUACUUAGAGAUGAUCACAAGCGUGCAUUAAAUCCCACACCAUAUAAGGUGUCUGUUAGUGAAAGCUUGUACACAUAUGUUCAUGACAUGUGGCUGAAACAUGCUCCUAUAGGCCAACUGUCUUGAAGAUGAAGGUGACCUUAUAGCAGUGCUAUAUGCCAACUAUAAUGAUGACAGUUUUUCAUUAUGACUUCUUUGUAUAUGUACAACAUGCAUGAACUGUUAGUGCAUGAUUGAGGUGCUUGUUUUGAUCAGGUAAAUAUGUCGUGUCUGGUUGAUGUGAGAUGGCCAAAUACACGUAAAGUUUGGAUGGUAUUGCUUGAUAAUUAAUUGACAAUAAAUGUGAAAAGUAAAUUGAAUUUUAAUGUUUUUUGA